AUGUCAAUAGCUCUCGACAUGGACGCAUCAGCCAAGAUGCGAAAGCAGCCCGGAUCCUCUGGGUGGUCGACGUCCUCUACUCCGAGCUGCUCGGUGAUCGUGCCUGCGUUUCGUGAAAAUCUCAACCUCCGGCCGCUGGUAACACGACUUUCGUCGGCGUUUGCGUCUCAGUCAUCGUCCGAGCUGGCAAAUACGGAGAUCAUCAUUGUGGAUGACAACUCGCGCGAUGGAUCGGUAGAAACCGUCUCGGCACUCCAAUCGGAAGGAUACAACGUACGCAUCAUUGUGCGCACGUCGGAACGCGGGCUUUCGUCCGCUGUGGUUCGAGGAUUUCGCGAAGCUCGCGGCCAACGAAUGAUCUGUAUGGACGCUGACCUGCAACAUCCUCCUGAGGCGGUACCCUCGCUUCUGCUCGCGCUCAACGGGCAGAAGUCGUUCGUCCUCGGUACACGCUACGGCGUCGGUGUCAGCAUGGACAAGGACUGGCCCCUGCAUCGACGAAUCAUUUCGUCCGGUGCGCGCAUGCUCGCGCGUCCGCUCACAUCCGCCUCGGACCCCAUGAGUGGAUUCUUUGGAAUCACAAAACACAGCUUCCACACAGCCGAUCAUCAUAUCAAUGCCCAAGGUUUCAAAAUCGCUCUGGACCUGCUCGUCAAAUCAGGCGUUCACAGUACCGAUAUCGCAGAAGUUCCGUUCAGCUUCGGUCUGCGCCAAGAGGGUGAGAGCAAGUUGGACGGUAAAGUCAUGUUCAAGUAUUUGCAACAGUUGGUCGAGCUGUACAGGUUUAGAUUCGGCACCGUGCCCAUCGUAUUCGUGCUCAUCGUACUGCUGGUGCUCGCCUUGUACAUUUGGUCGCAUGUCCUCGCUCCGAUGCUCGGCGCGUGA